AUGUACCAAACAAAAUUCCUUCCAUUUCAAAUCGAUAUCGAACAUAAUUCAUUGACUAUCGGUAUAAAACAUAUUCUAAAAGAUUCUUCUUGUUUCUCAAUUCUUAUCUAUUAUUCAACAUCAUCUGAUAAAUCAAAAGCAUUACAAUGGAUGACAAUCGUACAAACUACUGAUCAACAAUAUCCUUUCAUGUACACACAAUAUUAUAAAGGUGCUGCAUUACUUUGGUUUCUUGAACAUAAUAUUGUUUGUUCAGAAAAGGAUUUUAGCCAAUUUCUUCGUUCAUAUGUCGUAAAAUUUAGUUAUCGAAUUCUUAAUACUGAUGAUUUUAUUCAAUAUUUCGAAUCUUAUUUCCCAAAUGUCGUAAAAGUUGAUUGGAAGUCCUGGUUGUACACACCUAGUAUGCCUCCAAUUACAUUUGAUUUUUCUACAAAACUUCAACAACAAUGUCAUCAAUUAGCUAAUGAACCUUCGUCGAUAUCCAGUGAUCAUAUGAAAGUACUCCAUGCCAAUCAAAUUAUUUAUUUAUUAUAUCUUCUUAAUCAACAACCAAUGAAUUAUGAUAUUAUCAAACAAAUAGAUGAAAAUUGUCAAAUGAGUCAAUGUUCGAAUAAAGAUAUAUGUUAUCUAUGGUAUCAAUUAUGUAUUCAAGUGAAAUAUAUCGAAUUGUUAGAUAAUAUAUUUAAAUUUCUUAGAGAAACUGGUGAAUUUAAAUUAUCGUGGCCCCAAAUAAUGACAAGAGUAUUAGAAUUUUUUGAACAACAUAAAAGACGUAUUCAUCUAUUAUUAGUAAAAAUACUUGAACAACAAAUGGGAGCGUAG